AUGGCCAGCAGAAGAGGGAGAAAAUCUAGGACUCUCAACACCCGCAAAGGUGACAAAGAAGUGUAUGAAUUUGAAGACGAGCAAAAUCAGAAACUGGACCCUGAAUUCGUAAAGCUGCACUUUGCCCAAGGAGAGGCAUAUCCUCUGGUUAAAUCCUUAGCUCCUACGCGCGUAUCCAGAACCCUUUACUUGGUUGAGCCGCCUGAAACCAACACCGGUUUCGAUCUUGGGUACUGCGAUUGUUAUGGGUAUCUAAAAUGGGAUUGUGACCGGCAUCUCAAUAUGAAGCUUGACACUAAGUUAAAAAUCCCAUUGCACAAUGCAAAAUUGGUGAUCAACAGUGAAGGCACUGAUGCCAAUAUGAAUAAUCUUCGUUGUAAAAGUGGUGUUAAGCGAAAACGGUGCAUUAAAUUGAUUCCUAAAGAUCGCAAGCUCAAUGUAGUGAACUCUUGCAAUGGGUUGCUUUGUUUGUCUGAACCAUUGCAGAAUUAUCCUGUUGUUGUGUGUAAUCCAAUCACGGACGAGUUUAUAAUUCCUACACAGACUGCUAAGCAUCCGAGUGCCAAAAAGUUUAGUGAUUGUGGUUUGGGCUUUAGUCCAAAGACUAAGGUGAUUAGGAUGUUUGAUCAACAGGAAUGUCAAUUGACUCGCGAACCCAUUUCAGGCAGGGGAAUAUACAGUAGUAGGAUUGCUGAGAUACAUACACUUGAUUAUAUAAUUUCUUUCGACUUUGAUAAUGACGAAUUCAAAUCAUUUCCACCACCUCCUCAUGAAAGAAGCAACGUUUGCCAUUCCGAGAAGCCAAAUAUGUCCAUUGGAGCAUUAAGAGGCCAGCUUUGCGUAUGUGAUUCCUCUUAUUUUGAAUAUAUUGAGCUGUGGGUCAUGGAGAAAUACGGUGUUCAAGGAUCUUGGACAAAACAGUUUAGUAUUAGUACAAUGACUGAUCAUUGGAGGUGGCUUCGUGGUUUAUAUGAACCAAUGAGUUACUUGAGGAAUGGAGCCAUCUUGUUUUUUCAUCGUAUGAGCAAUGCUGUGUAUUAUUAUGACCCCAAAAAAUGGGAAUUGAUAUUUCUAAAGCUUUCUGGGAUUAAAUCAAGAUUUGAGGCAAUUGCUCACAUUCCAAGCUUCAUUUCACUCAAGGACAUAGUGAUGGGAGAUAAUCUAGCUGUGUUGAAUAUCAAAUCAAGGUAA